UAUAAUUCCACUUAUACCCUUUUUAGCAGUUCAUCAGAUACAUAAACCUCAUUUCAUCUGUGUGUACUUCACAAAGCACGAUCCUGGAAACUGGAAUUCGCUUAGCCGAAACUAUCUCUUCCUUCACAAAUACACUAAUGGAGAACUCCGGGGACCACCAGGAGACGGUUGUUCCUCCAGUUGAAGGUGUUGCUGGUGGUGGGACAGCUUAUGGAUGGAGUGAUACUGGAGUUAAUGAUCCCAGAACAUUAAGGGGUGCAAUUGAUCCUACGAAAGUUUCAUCUUCGGAGUUAUUGAAUGUGUGGUGCAUGCCAAACAGUGCUAAUGUUGGACCGCAAGAUAUGCCUCGUGAAUUAGAACCUAUAUCACUAUUAGCAGCAAGAAAUGAAAGAGAAAGCAUUCAGAUUGCUAUACGCCCAAAAGUUUCUUGGGGUGGAUCUGGUAUUGCUGGAACUGUGCAGGUCCAAUGUACUGAUCUCUGCUCACCCUCUGGUGCUAGAUUGGUAGUUGGCCAGUCACUGACAUUGCGCAGAGUAGUACCCGUUUUGGGAGUUCCUGAUGCACUUGUUCCACUUGAUAUGCCUAUCUGCCAGCUGAACCUUUUUCCUGGAGAAACUACAGUAAUUUGGGUAUCAAUGGACGUCCCGAGUGGACAGGAACCAGGGCAAUAUGAGGGAGAAAUUAUCAUUUCUGCCAACAAAGCUGAAGCAGAAUCUACAAGCCAAUCCCUGAGCAAAGUGGAGAAGCAUCAGUUAUACAGAGAACUGAGAGACUGUCUUGAUGCCGUGGAACCCUUAGAGGGAAAACCAGUGGAUGAAGUGGUAGAAAGAGUCAAAUCUGCAACUUCAUCUUUAAGAAGAGUUCUUCUAUCCCCAUCAUUUUCUGAUUUCUUUUCAGAUAAUGGGCCCAUAGAUAUGAUGGAAGAAGAUGCUAUUUCUAGCCUUUCAAUCCGUUUGAAAAUAAGUUUGACAGUCUGGGACUUUGUGCUUCCAGCUACUCCUUCUGUCCCUGCUGUGAUUGGUAUAUCUGAUACGGUUAUUGAAGAUCGAUUUGGGGUUGAGCAUGGAAGCAAUGAAUGGUUUGAGCUGUUAGAUCAGCAUUUCAAAUGGCUACUUCAGUAUCGAAUUAGUCCAUACUUUUGCAGGUGGGGCAAUGGCAUGAGAGUUUUAACAUACACUUCGCCAUGGCCAGCUGACCAUCCAAAAUCAGAUGAGUAUUUCUCUGACCCUCGUCUUGCGGCAUAUGCUGUACCUAAUGGUCCGAUAGUCCCUUGCGGUGAUACUGCGAAGGACUACUUACAAAGGGAGGUAGAGAUACUAAGAACAAAAAACCAUUGGAGGAAAGCAUACUUCUAUCUGUGGGAUGAGCCUCUUAACAUUGAGCAAUAUAAUGGCAUCCGCAGCAUGGCCAGUGAGAUUCAUGCCUAUGCACCUGAUGCUCGUAUUCUGACAACGUAUUAUUGUGGACCAAGUGAUGCACCUCUUGCUUCAAAUAACUUUGAGGCUUUUCUGAAAGUUCCCGAGUUCCUACGGCCUCAUACUCAGAUAUAUUGCACAAGUGAAUGGGUUAUUGGUAACAGAGAGGAUCUGGCAAAGGAUAUCAUCGCAGAGAUACAAACAGAAAAUGGUGAGGAGUGGUGGACAUAUGUGUGCUUGGGACCAGGUGAUCCUCAUCCCAACUGGCACUUGGGGAUGCGAGGCACUCAACACCGUGCUGUGAUGUGGCGUGUGUGGAAAGAAGGUGGAACAGGUUUCUUAUAUUGGGGUGCCAACUGCUAUGAGAAGGCAACAGUUCCUAGUGCUGAGAUUAAGUUCAGGCGUGGCCUUCCUCCAGGUGAUGGAGUCUUAUUCUACCCUGGUCAGGUGUUCUCAUCAUCUCAGCAACCUGUUGCUUCACUGAGACUGGAGCGACUCUUGAGUGGCUUGCAGGAUAUUGAGUACCUCAAGCUGUAUGCUUCAAGAUUUGGUAGGGAUGAAGGCCUCAACCUUUUGGAGAAGACAGGAAUGUAUCUAGGGCCUGAGCGCUACACUUCGGAACACACACCAAUUGAUGUAAUGAGGGGUGAGGUUUACAGGACAUGCCGAUCCUAGAUUUGAAUCUUGAGUUUGAUGAGACCUAUCUGUAUUAGUGUUCAGCAUCUCAAGCAUAUCGGUAUGUAUGAUGUAUAUUGAUUGAUAGAUUAAGAAUCACUCCGAGGUAUACAUCUCUAUCAUCUUUGCCUAGUCAAAACAGAGUAUGGUUUAGUCAGUUUGCUCAGAUCUGUACAUUAAUCAUGUUUAAGUAAUAUUAGUAAAUGCAUGGUAUUGCGGUACCGUGGUUUUGUAUUUUAAA